UUGUUUUGAAAGGUAAGUUAUCCAAAAUUAGAGGCAGAAAGACAGUGGAAAAAAGACUAGUCUUUGGAGUUCCUAGAUGAGUUGUCAAAUGAAGGUGAAAGUUGCUGAGGUUUUUAACUGUGUGACAAGAAAACUGAAUCUCUUGCUUGUGAAGCAAAAUCUCUUGGCCAAUGCAUAGGUUUUAAAGUGUAGCCUUAUUUUGUUUGGGGGUCCUGGCCUGCUUUUUGGGAUUUGAAGCUUGCAAGCUCCUUUGGUAGCCUUCAUAUAUUCCAGCAAUCAUGCCUAGCCAGUAGCCACUUGUUGUGACUUGUGUUGUGAGUGAUUCAAAAUCUGCGCCUCCUCACAAACACUACCAUCAACAACAAACAUAAUCAUCUAAAUUACCAUCAACAACAAACAUCUCAUCACAUCCAUCAUUUGCACUUUUGAAGAAGGAAAAAUGAUAGGAAGAUUAUUCUGUUUUCUGCUAGCUCUGCAAAUAGUGAGUUUGGUUUCUGCAGUAAGGAAGCCGUUUCUUCCAGCCAAAGAAGAGGCUCUACAGUCUCCACCACCACAUACUAUAGAACCAAAAAAGGGUUUAAUGGGUAUAGAAGGUACAUCAGAGACAAUGAAGGAAGCAUAUGAAGGAGGAGUGAGCAAAAUAGGAUCAAGUCCACCAAGUUGUGAGCACAAGUGCUAUGGCUGUGUUCCAUGUGAAGCCAUCCAAGUUCCCAGCACGAGCACCAGGCGCAGCCAUUUGGGAAUCCAGUAUGCAAAUUAUGAGCCCGAGAGCUGGAAAUGCAAGUGUGGUCUUUCCUUCUAUAGCCCAUGAACAUUUUCAUAUCUACUAAAUAUUGUUGAUAUAUAAUGAUAUGAUAUAUCUCUCUCAAGUUCAUAUAUGAUAUCCCUUUAAUUUGUAGUUAGUAGAAGUAGUCCUCAUAUUCAAAGGAUUCCGUAUAUCAUCAUUAUCUUUACAAUCAGUGCCGAGCAGAUAAUCUCAUAGGCGGCUAAUCUCAGAACAUUUAAAUAUAAACUCUCUGCAUGAAUGGAUGCAUUUGAUAAGUAGCAUUAUCUUGAAUACUAGAGAAUUCGUUAUGUCA